GGGGAGCGCUCAGGAGGGGCGUGAGCCAAGCUGGAGUUUAUCACAAUCUCUGGAGACUGAUGAACAGGGGGGACGAGGAGGAGGGCGUUAGAGGGGUCCCACACACACACACACACACACACACACACACAUACACACGGGUAGCCGCACUCUUCACACACUGUGGGGGAAGAGAUAUAAAAGGGCUCCCAGGGAGAAAGAGCGCUCAGGCAAGCGUCUGAGCGCCCGUCCUGCUCAUUUCCACACUGCUGUGCGUCACUGAAUGUGUUUACACGAGUGUGUGCGUGCAUGAGAAAGUGCACGAGUAUCAGAGGGAAGCGUCCACUCUCUACCACAAAGGAUUAAACUUUGACAGGUUUUUUUUUUUUUUUUACCCCUGAAGAUAAAAGGAGUAAUGUUUGACUGGAUGGGGGGAGUUGAAGAGCUGCUGAAGCCUGGCUGUUCUUGAACCUGAGAACGUGUUUGAUUUUGGGCUUUUUGGUUGAGUUGUUUACUCCUCUCCCUCUGAGUACUUUAUACUUCCAAGUCAAGAGGUGACUGGGACUGCUUGCAGAGGAAUUUCAACAGAAGCAGAAAUUUUAUCCCUCAGAGCUGCCACUCGUAUUUUAAUCUCUUUUUGAUCACUCGAUUGAUGCACUGAGGCAGAAUGGAUGCCUCAUUUCUAUCAGAUAUAGACUAUAAUCAUUCUUACGUGGAUGAGCAUUUUUACUUUGAGGACAAUAUUGAUGGUUUUGGCAUCACCAUGGCCAUUCUCUACCUCGUGGUUUGCAUCCUGGGACUAGCUGGGAACUCCCUCGUCAUCGUCGCCAUUUUGAAAUUAGACAAAAUGUCAUCUUCCACAACCGUGUACAUCUUCAACCUGGCCCUGGCUGAUGGACUCUUCAUGGUUGGUCUGCCUUUCAUAGCGAGUCAGAACUUCCAGAACCACUGGAUGUUUGGCGACAUGGCAUGCAAAGUGGUAAUGGUGCUGGACGGCAUCAACCAGUUCACCAGUGUCUUCUGUCUGACGGUGAUGAGCAUCGACCGCUACAUGGCUGUGGCCGACCCACUUCGAUUUGCACGUUGGCGAACGCCACGCUGCGCCAAGAUCGUCUCGUCAUUCCUGUGGGUGUUCUCCCUCCUCACCAUUCUCCCCAUGGCGCUUCACUUCUCAGCCAAUCAAGGCCUAUGUAUACCAGAUUUUGUCUCGAAUGCCUGGUGGCUUGGCGUCCUCUCUUACACCUUUGUCAUGGGGUUUGCUUUGCCAUUCAUGCUGAUGACUGUAUCCUACGCUGCGCUGCUGCUUACCCUGCGGUCCCAGCGACUCCAGACCCCAACACCGAGCCAAGAGAGCCACCGGCUGGAGCAGCAGGUCACCAAGAUGGUCGUGGCGGUGGUGGUUGUGUUUGGCAUGUGCUGGCUGCCGUUUUACACCUUCAACUUCUGCUCCUUGUAUCAAAGUGGUCUGGUCCUCACUUUCGCCAGAGCUUUUGAGUUUGUGGUCCUGCUGUCGUACUCGUGGAGCUGCGCUAACCCCAUCCUCUACGCCUGCCUCUCCGACACCUUCAGGAGGUACUUCCGCACCCUCCUCUGCCCCGCUGAGAAAUCAUCUCCCAGCAUGCAAUGCAACACUGAACGGUAUGACGUAAAUGACACAGGUGUGCGGGAUGUCACUGUUCUGGCAUAGAGACUGACUCACCAUUUAUUUCCAUUUUGUGUCAUGAUGCACUGCAAGAUAUUUUCAACUUACUUACUCAUUUGAUUGUGAUUAAUCCUAAUUUGUGUUUUCAUUUUCUCUACUUAACUGAGAAACUGCUCAACAUCCAUCAUUUCCCUCCAAGAAUGAAAUUGCGCAUAUUUCCUUUCCUUUGCUUUCUUCUUGACUGGACAUUGAGUUGUGUAUUUACAAGGCAUGCAUUUUGUUCAUCGCUGUCUCAAAUUGAUCAGGUGUCUUUGGAGAUUGGGGUUUUCAGCACACUUUUGUUGAUCACACACUGCCCAGCAGAAAAGUUUACCCUGUCCUUCCUGUGGAAAUCAAACUGUUGCUUUCAUAAUGUCUGAUUCCUUUCUCAGGCAACAUUUCUUAAAAAAGAAGGAAAAUGCUCAUCAAACUGUAUGAUCCAAUUGGACUUUGAUGAUUUACACAACUCUCUUUUGUGGAUUGAUGUCUUGAUUGAGUACAGGCCCUCCUCCUGCUCUCUCUGACUCAUACCUGUUGAUGAGGUGACCUUCUCUCCUGCAUCUCCUCAUACUGCUUUUCAGCAGAACUAAUGAAAGGAGGCACAAGAGGCUUGGUGGAGUGUAAACAGAAUAGCACUGGUCGCAUACCUUUGACCGAAAACCAGCAUGCAAAGACGCUCACUGACAAGCUCCUUGACUCCCACAGCUGGAUUAUGUUCUAGUGGCUCUAAGUGUAGGAGAGCAUCAGAUGUGUGUAUUUGUGCCUGGGUGGCUAUGCACCUGUACAUACGCUUGUGAGGAGCCUUGUGUGACUUACUAAAGAAGAUAUUCAAAAGACACUUGUUCCUGUAAUAUGAAGGAGAAAAAAAAACAGCACUUGUCCUCUGCUACAGAGUGUAUAUAUAGCUGCAAAAUGGAUACUAGCACUUCAGCUUAGAAUUUUGUGCAGUCAGCCAAAAGCCUUGUAUCUUCAAAAUGUCAGCAGAUGAGAAAAUUUAAAAAGCUGUCUUGGGUUUAGUUUGAUGGAUUUCACUUCAAAGGCAUCCAUAAAGUCACACAGAGUGUAUUAUAACUGAAGAAGUGAUUUCUAUAUAAUAGCAGUUGCAUGUAUCUUUUGCUUAACUUUCAUAAAGGCCCCUUUCUCAGUGGAAUUAAUAUACAUCCUGGUUGGCAGGACGUGAAUAACAGACAGCAAAAACACAGAACUGUCAGAACAGAUGUUUGCUAUCAACUAUCAGUUAUGUAAAUAUGUAUAAAUGAGAAAAUGAUGUCUGUGACAAUCUGAAUUGUGUUGAGAGAAAGAUAAAUCUGAUAUUAGAAUAUGAGUGUCUCAUUUUAAAACAUUUUAAUCGACUUACACCACAUCCAAACACAAAAACAUAUGUUUUGGAAAGCAAAUGAUGUUACUGAGGCUGUGAAUUAAGACGUGUUGUUGGGCCAUGAUAUUACACAUUAUUUCAUAUUGAUUAUUACUAUUUUACCAUAGCUUCUCUGCUCUGUAUCCUGUAAAUGCAUUUCUUAGAUGUUAUUGCUAUAUAUUUUGUAAAUGAAUAAUUUGUCUUACAUUUUAUGCUUAGUUCUGUUUUGUACCAUAUCUCAGUGCAAAUAAAUGAGUCGCAGCCCUGUUUUAUCA